AUGGGCGGCUCGUUGACAAAGCCGGCUACAGAGUCAUCCGUUGACCGAAUGACGACGCUAUCAAAAGACAUUGAAGAAAAGACGCGAUAUCUAACUGACGCCUUACGAUCAAAGGGCCUCGAUGCUCCUUCUUACAAGGCAAACGGCCUUUCUGACUUUCCUCUUACAGAAGUCGAAGCCGUGAGGACCAGACAAGAACUUGUGGCACUGACGAAAGAACUGCACGACCUCGUUCUGGGUCCUCGAGAGACUUUGAAGAACAUGGCUUGGGAAGCAAUAUGCGAGUUCAAAAUUGCAGAGGCUGUGCCAUUGACGGGCUCUAUCUCCUAUGAAGAGCUAGCAAUCAAGGUACAUGAUUUGACUGGCACCACGAUAUUACCAUCGGAUCUACGACGCUUGAUGCGCCUUGCAAUUGCCAACAACAUAUUCCAAGAGCCAAAGAUCGGUUCGGUCGCUCAUAACCGGGCAUCUUUGCUGCUGCUAGAGGACGAGUCCUUGGCCAGCUGGACGGCAUUUUAUACAAUGGAUCUCUUGGCUCCUAUAUCUCAAACUGUCGCCGCCAUGAAGGCCUGGCCUGGAUCUCAGGAAACCAACGAAACGGCAAAAAGCUUCUUUGAUCAUCUACAGGCGGAUGAGGCUCGGGCAAGACGAUAUGACUUGAUGCUGCAGUCUCAUGGCCAGCGAGAGGGAUAUGAUGUAUCACAUACCGUGUCGGGAUACCCUUGGGCUAAAUUGGGCAAAGGAACUGUUGUUGAUAUGGGUGGCAAUGAAGGAUUCGUAGCAAUCGCUCUCGCAGAAGCCUUUCCAUCGUUAUCAUUUGUCGUACAAGAUUUAGAGGGCAUGCGAACACCCGAAAUGGCCGAUAAGAUCCCUAAGCAUCUCGCCAACCAGAUAUCCCUCACGACGCACGACUUCUUCCAGCCUCAGACAGAGACUGGUGACGCAUAUCUCUUUCGACACAUUUUCCACGCAUUCUCCGAUAAAUAUGCAAUCAAUAUCCUCCGCGCGCUGAUACCUGGCUUAAAGCCGGGAGCUCGCGUUAUCAUCAACGAUAUCGUGCUCCCUGACCCAGGUGUGGUGUCACGAUUGGAAGAAAAGAGCAUUCGAACAAUGGAUGUGCUGAUGAAGGCGGUGUGUAAUUCUCGGGAGCGGGAGAUGAAUGACUGGAAGAGCCUUUUCGAGCAGGCUGACAAGCGCUUUCGCUGGCAGGGCGCUUGGAAGACGAGCGGCAAGCUGUGGUUUAUCGAGAGUAUAUGGGAGCCUUAG